AUGGCUUCCACAUCCGCCGCGUUCGUUCUUCAGGACAGACAGGACCACAUUAUCGCACCAGACGACUCUGACUUUCUCGAUUCCGACGCAGAGAGCAGCUCUACACCGCAUCCAGACGACCAGCUCAUCGAAGAGGCGGUCCUUCAAGGCUUCGAGAAUGCCUCGCCGCAGCGCUCCUCGAGAAACGCCGCUGGAGCCACGAGUGCCAACAAGCUCUGGCCCGCUCACCCUCUCAUUCGUAUCCACAAACGGCUCUGGUUCACCUGGUUCAACGGCGACCUGCCCUCCGAGGACGAUCUCAACGAGCAAGAUGGUCUGCCACCAGCCUGGAAGAACUUUGACGAUGCUGAAGUCAAAAAGUACAUCGACCCUACCGAAACCAACCCUAGCCGCUUGCAUUGGUUCAACAUCGACCACGAUCUGGUUUACCUCAGCUUCUGGUUCGAUUGGGGCCCGCUCAACGUCGGCAUGUUUUACCGCUUCUGCUUGCACGUUCACCACAUGCUCACCGAUCCACAGAUGCACGAUGCCACACUGGUACUCUACACCACCAACGCCCCGGCGCAAAAGGCAAAUGCAGCUCUGCUCGUCACACUCUAUGCUAUGAUCAUCGGCAAAGUCACACCAGCAGACGCCUUCUACCCGAUCUCGGAACUCGAAUUUAAGCCUUUCCGCGACGCUGGUUACGGUCGUGCAGACUACAACCUGUCCAUCCAAGACAUCCUCUACGGCGUUCACCGCGCUAUCAACUCGGGUCUGCUUGAUCUCACCACUUUCAAUCUGGAUGAGUAUGAAAAGUACGAACAGGUUUCGCACGGCGACUGGAAUUGGAUCACGCCCAACUUUAUCGCAUUUGCUUCACCCAACGACCGCAACUAUGUGGAAGCGUUGCGUGUUGGUGAAGGUCGCUUACCCGCCUCGUACUCGUUUCGUCCACCGGGCGAGGACAAGCUGUUUGGUAAGACGAUUCGCUACUUCAAAGAUCGCGGUGUCAAACUCGUGGUGCGCCUCAACAACCCGCUGUACGACCGAGAAGCCUUCCUGAAUGUCGGCAUCGAUCACAGCGACAUGUACUUUGACGAUGGAUCCAACCCCACCGACGAAAUCCUCGCCGACUUUAUCGCCAAGGCCGACCACGUCAUUGCACACGACGGCGUAGUGGCAGUGCACUGCAAAGCCGGCUUGGGCAGGACCGGCGUGCUGAUCGGCGCGUAUUUGGUGUGGAAACACGGCUUCAGUGCAGGCGAGGCGAUUGGAUUCAUGCGCUUCAUGCGUCCCGGUUGUGUCGUGGGUCCCCAGCAACACUUUAUGUACCAGAACUUUGCCGAGUGGAUCAAGUGGGGGGUGAGAGACCACGCCAUGAAGGAAGCGAGACAGUUGAUCGCCGAGGAGAGGACCAAGUUGGAAGCGGCAACUGCAGCUGCGCGCGCGGCUGCCGCGGCUGCCGAGGCUGCGAAUGCUGCCACCGCUGCCGUGGCGCUUCCGAUGAUCCCGACGACUCGUGCAUCGACCAAGCGCCGCGCUGCUGGUUCGGAUGCUGCCAAGUGUGCCGAGGCCGACCGCUUCGACCAACCCGACGCGGACGUCAGCCUGGAUGAGCACAUCAAGCACGCUCCACAACUGUCGCGGAAUACGCGCAGGAAACCCACCUCGGAGCAUUCUGACUCGGACGACGACGAGGGUGAAUUGCAGCGACCUCGACAAAAGCGAAAGUCUGCCGCUGCUGCUGCUGCUGCUGCUGCUGCUGCUGCUGCUGCUGCUGCUGCUGAUUACAUUGAUGGUUCUGGACCCGUCACGCCUAUCGCACAGCGAGCAAGUUCGCGCGCAGUACCUGCUUCGGCUGCGCCCGUGUCGAAACCAGCACCAUGCGUGGGUCAGCCGCGAAAAUCACCUUCUCCUUCCAGGAAGCGACCUGCGAUUCAAGCGCCCGCGACAGUGGCGAGGCUGGAGCUCAACGGACGACGCUAUCCGACAGCGACGAGGUCGUUCAACCAUCAUCUCAUGUUGAACGGUCAAUCGGUGCAUGUGGACGCCGUGAAUGCUGGCGUAGAUGUUGUCCAAGCGGUGGAUCAGGAUGCUCACUGCGACGAUGCAGACCAAGAAAAGACGGGCGCCAGUGGCGGUGUUGUUGCAGCGGCAAGCAACGCUGGCGUGUUGGUCGAGUCGCGGAUCAACAUCUCGUCUACAGCUACACCUAGAAGCUCGCCCAAGGCCGCCGUGGUGAAUCUGACGCCCUCCCCAGUUGCCAGGGUAAGGGGGUUCGAGAGGUCUCGAUCCAACACUAUUGCCACCGCUACCGUGGCUACACCGGUGCGAGGCUCGAGUCGGCCGGAUUCAGCGGUCAAGCCGGAAGUGUUCCGUGCAUCACCCAACAUUAGGGAUAGGUAUGGGUUGAGGGACUCGAGUCACUCCCCGCCGCCUGCUGCAACGGCGACGGCGACGAGCAGGAUGACGGUGUCCAGACAAGCAUCGCCAGUGAAAGCCGAGACAGCACCGGUCACGGAUGCAGAAGUGUUGGGCGUGAUCGACUGUAUUCCUCAACCGGCUUGUUUGGCGCGCGUAUCGACGAGGCGUCCGUCUCCUUCGCCAUCGCCGGUCCGAACUGUAGCCAAAGCGGGGCCACCGACGGUGGCGACGAUGAAUGGCGAGAAAGCGCCAUCUCGCAUCGCGCUGGAGCAAGACGUAGAAAACGUUCAGCCGGGCACAUCGACUGCGGCGGUAGUUCACCGUGCACCGCUGACCAAAGGCGUGGUAGCGUCGACGAGCACGGUGGGUAAAGUAGUACGCGCAGUCAAGUCGAAAGCUGUGCUGAGCAACGGCGUAUGUAGUGCCAGAGUGACUACUGCUCGCAAGCCGAUUUCAGCGCGACGUGACUUGGGCGAGACGACGCAGAGGAGUGUUUCAGCUAGACUCGCUCCACGCACUGCGAGCACUGCUACGGUGCGCUUACGAGCACCGAAGAGCACCGCCGACUUGCGCGCAGCCGCAGCGACGAGCACUAGAAGCGUCAGUAGUGCAAGUAACUCGAGCACUGUUGCUACCACAGGUGCGCGCCCAGCGAGCAGGUUGACCGCUCCCACAGCAGCAAGUGCUGCAAGAGCAGCUGCUACCGCGUCGGCUGCCAAACGCGCUCUUCCGCUCCGGCCGCUCAAGCCAACAUGUGCCAGCGCAAGAAACGUCUCGAGUGCCCUCCACAAAUCUGCAACACCUUCCACCGCAGUUAGGAGGAGGAGGAGUAGCACCGGCGAAGCGGGUCUUGACGUGGCGGCCUAG